CCCGGCGGCGUGUGAAUGGCGGCUUCGGCGGCGGCGGCGGCCUCGGCGGCGGCGGCGGCCGCCUCCGGCAGCCCGAGCUCGGGUGAGGGCUCGGCGGGCGCCGAGAAGCGCGCCGCCGCCUCCUCGGCCGCGGGCUCAGCAUCGGCCUCGGCGGCGGCGUCCGCCUCGGCGUCGUCACCCGCGGGGGGCGGCGGCGAGGCGCUGGAGCUAUUGGAGCACUGCGGCGUGUGUCGGGAGCGCCUGCGGCCGGAGAGGGAACCGCGCCUGCUACCUUGCCUGCACUCGGCCUGCAGCGCCUGCCUCGGGCCCCCGGCGCCUGCAGCCGCCAACAGCUCGGGGGAUGGAGGUGCAGCGGGCGACGGUUCUGUGGUGGACUGUCCAGUAUGUAAGCAGCAAUGUUUCUCCAAAGAUAUCGUGGAGAAUUAUUUCAUGCGAGACUGUGGCGGUAAGGCCGCCACGGAUUCCCAGGAUGCGAAUCAGUGCUGCACUAGCUGUGAGGAUAAUGCCCCAGCCACCAGUUAUUGUGUGGAGUGCUCUGAGCCGCUCUGUGAGACCUGUGUGGAGGCGCACCAGCGGGUGAAGUACACCAAGGACCACACCGUGCGCUCCACUGAGAAGAGAGAAGAGGUCUCCAGGCGUGGCUCAGGAGGAAAAGGGCCAGCCAAGUCGAGGGACGGUGAGCGCACUGUGUAUUGCAAUGUGCACAAGCACGAGCCCCUUGUGCUGUUCUGCGAGAGCUGCGACACCCUCACCUGCCGGGAUUGCCAGCUCAACGCCCACAAAGACCACCAGUACCAGUUCCUGGAGGAUGCAGUGAGAAACCAGCGCAAGCUCCUGGCCUCGUUGGUGAAGCGCCUCGGGGACAAGCAUGCAACACUGCAGAAGAACACCAAGGAGGUUCGCAGCUCGAUCCGCCAGGUGUCUGACGUACAGAAGCGCGUGCAAGUGGACGUUAAGAUGGCCAUCCUGCAGAUCAUGAAGGAACUGAACAAGCGGGGCCGCGUGCUGGUCAACGAUGCCCAGAAGGUAACUGAGGGGCAGCAGGAGCGCCUGGAACGGCAGCACUGGACCAUGACCAAGAUCCAGAAGCACCAGGAACACAUCUUGCGCUUUGCCUCGUGGGCUCUGGAGAGUGACAACAACACUGCUUUGUUGCUCUCCAAGAAGCUGAUCUACUUCCAGCUGCACCGGGCCCUUAAGAUGAUUGUGGACCCCGUGGAGCCCCAUGGCGAGAUGAAAUUUCAGUGGGACCUCAAUGCCUGGACCAAGAGUGCAGAGGCCUUUGGCAAGAUUGUGGCCGAGCGUCCUGGCACCAACUCCACAGGCCCGGCACCCAUGGCCCCUCCUCGGGCUCCGGGGCCUUUGAGCAAGCAGGGAUCUGGCAGCAGCCAGCCUAUGGAGGUGCAGGAAGGCUACGGCUUCGGAUCGGAUGACCCUUACUCAAGUGCUGAGCCCCAUGUGUCGGGGGUGAAGCGGCCCCGCUCAGGUGACGGCGAGGUGAGUGGCCUCAUGCGCAAGGUGCCACGGGUGAGCCUCGAACGCCUGGACUUGGAUCUCACGGCUGACAGCCAGCCACCAGUCUUCAAGGUCUUCCCAGGCAGCACCACUGAAGAUUACAACCUCAUCGUCAUUGAGCGAGGUGCUGCUGCCGCCGCUGCUGGCCAGCCUGGGACUGCGCCCUCAGGGGUCCCUGGGGCCCCUCCCCUGCCGGGAAUGGCCAUUGUCAAGGAGGAAGAAACAGAGGCUGCCAUUGGAGCUCCGCCUGCUGCCACCGAGGGCCCAGAGACCAAGCCUGUGUUGAUGGCCCUGGGGGAGGGCCCUGGUGCAGAGGGUCCCCGCCUGGCUUCACCCAGUGGCAGCACCAGCUCAGGUCUGGAGGUGGUGGCUCCAGAGGGCACCUCAGCCCCAGCUGGUGGCCCAGGUUCCCUGGAUGACAGUGCCACCAUCUGCCGUGUCUGCCAGAAGCCAGGUGACCUGGUCAUGUGCAACCAGUGCGAGUUCUGCUUCCACCUGGACUGCCACCUGCCUGCCCUGCAGGAUGUGCCAGGGGAGGAGUGGAGCUGCUCUCUCUGCCAUGUGCUGCCCGACCUGAAGGAGGAGGAUGGCAGCCUGAACCUGGAUGGGGGGGAUAGUACCGGAGUGGUGGCCAAGCUCUCACCAGCCAACCAGCAGAAGUGUGAGCGUGUUCUGCUGGCCCUCUUUUGCCAUGAGCCCUGCCGGCCUCUGCACCAGCUGGCUACUGACUCCACCUUCUCCCUGGAUCAGCCUGGGGGCACCCUGGACUUAACCCUUAUCCGAGCCCGCCUCCAGGAGAAGCUGUCACCCCCCUACAGCUCCCCCCAGGAGUUUGCCCAGGAUGUGGGCCGCAUGUUCAAGCAGUUCAACAAGCUGACUGAGGACAAGGCCGACGUGCAGUCCAUCAUUGGCCUGCAGCGCUUCUUUGAGACUCGCAUGAAUGAGGCCUUCGGGGACACCAAGUUCUCUGCUGUGCUAGUGGAGCCCCCGCCGCUGAGCCUGCCUGGUGCUGGCCUGAGUGCCCAGGACCUGUCCAGUGGCCCUGGUGAGGGCCCCUGAGGCUGGGCAGCCCCUGAGCCAGCCCAGCCUGGCUCUGUUCUCUGUCCUGUCACUCCUUUCCCCAUCUCCUUCCUCUGGUGGCCUGGCUCCCACUCCUUGGUGGCCCGUACCCUAGUCCCUCACGAUAUGGUUUUUACUUCUGUGGAUUUAAUAAAAACUUCACCAAUUA